UAUUGAUUUGUUUAGGGUAUAUACUUUCUUUUCCACCGCCACAACCCAAGGUGAGAGCAAACGUGGAGUUCAUCCCCAAAGCUGAAAGGGAACCGGUUUCAAGACUCAAUCUACUGCAAUCGGGAAACCCCCAAAUCUCUUCCUUCUCCGUCUCCAUUUCAAUGUAGAGUCCAUGCCACAGUGUCAAAUACCCAAGUUGGUUCCGGGUAGUGAAUAAUGUGAUUGUCUUCAUAAGAAAGAGUCCUUGCUCCUGCAGCUGACUCCUCUCCUACAACAAAUUUUCCCGGGGACCAAAAAGAAAAGACAUUGACAUCAUUUCCGACUUACAAACUCCAUGCAAUGCAGUGGAGUUAAGAUACGGUACGUCAAAAGCUAUUUCAAAGAUAUGUCCAAUUACAACAUGGAUUUCCAGUUGGAUGAUGAUGCCCUACCAUCGAUGCAUGAAAGUGUCCAAUUUGAUGAUAGUGAAACCCAAGAUGUUGGCCGUCUUUUUGUGAAUGAGCAAACAAUUCCUACAGAAAACAGAAAUAAUGCAGCCAAUGAGGGUAACAAAAAAAAAGGGAGAGGGAAAACUGUAAUUAAAUGGGGUCAGCGUGGAGUGCGAGAAAGAGUUAAGUGGGGAAAACAAGGAGUACCGGUGUCUCCAAGGGAAAAAUGUGCACAGUAUUCCCUUUUCAUUGGUAGUUUGGCGGCUGACCCUGGAUUGUAUCCUAUUGAUGUCAAGGAUUGGCGGCAUUUUGACAAGGACGACAACCAUCAAAGGGCUUGGACAUGUAUUGAGGGGACAAUUGAUUGGACGGAUGAAGCAGCCGCUGCUAAAAAAUCUGAAAUCAAGAAAUAUGCCUUCGAAAAACUUGCAGAUCGCUGGAAGCAUCACAAGUCAGAGUUGAAGAAAUUGUAUUGGUUGCCCAAUCAAGGGACUGAAGAACGUUUUUGCAGGCCUGAUAAUGCCAUUGACAGAGAUCAAUGGAUAAGAUUUGUUACUCAUUUAGAUGAUGAGGAUACUAAGACCAAGGCUGCCAUAAAUGUAAGUAAUCGAUCGCAGCGGGUAAUGCAUCACAGUACAAGCACAAGGACUUUUCCAGCUGUUGUUUACGAAUGGCAAGUUGAGAAUAGGGUUGAGGAAGAACCUGAUAGGUUGGAAAUAUUCAAGUUGACACACCGUAAGAAAGGAAAACAAAAUGAGUAUGUUGAUGCUGCAUCUACCAAAGCAGUGCAAGAUUUGGAGAAGGCUGAAGAGGAGAGAAAAAAGUUAAAUGUUGACAUUACUCCACAAGUUAGAGAAGACAUCUAUGCACAGGUUCUUGGGCCAGAGAAGCGUAACCGAGUGAGAGGACUUGGAGCGGGAGUACGUUGGCGUGAUGUUCCGUACCUUCAUACCGAAAAAAGAAGUAUAUCAGCUACUAUGGAAGCAAUGAAAGCAACAAUUGAGGAACAACGCUUGGAGACUGCAAGAUUGAGGAGUGAGGCUGAAAAAGAAAGACAAGAAGCUGCCCAAAGGGAGGAAAGGAAUAGGAUUGAAUCAGCUGAGAUGAACAAACGUUUCGCCGCACAAAUGGAGGAGUUUAAGAAGCAGCAAGAGGCAGCAAUGGAAGAGAAUGCAAGGAAGGUGAAUGAACUCGCAAGACUUCAAGGUAUUAGAUGGAUGAAAGAAGCUGGUUUUUCAGGGAUUGAAACGGCACCACAAUUAGAUAGCGACCCAAUGACACAGCUUGCAGCAGUCCAACCACAAUGUAAUAGACCAGCGAUUCCAACCCCACCUAUCGAGGAUGUGUAUAGACCCGAAAUGCCUCAAACUGUGCAAGAAUCGCAGCUGAAUUGAAAGGGUUAGUUUCACCAACCAUUAUCUAGUUUGAUGGUUAUGUUAUUGCCUACUUUGAGUUAGUUCUCAAAGUAUUUUGAUGAAAAUUAUUCUUGGACAAGGAUUAUGUUGUUAAAGGGGGAAAAUCUUAGUGAUAUUCCACCUUAAACAACAAUGUAUUCUUCAAAACUCCCUUGUUUUUGUAAUCCAAGAAUAAAUGAAAUGUAUUUUGCUACAAAUGUAAAGAACAUCUUGCUAUGAAUGUAAAGUUUUAA